AUGGAAAAACCACAUAGGUCUUGGAAAGAAGUUUUGCGCAUUCAGUCUUCCAAACAUAAACCGACCGGUUUAGAGAAUGGAGACAAUACUUCUCCCGCCAACUCAGUUCACUCCGCUACCACCCACCCUUCUUCAACAGUAUUAGUUGAUUCUGGAAGCCAAGAAAUAACACACAAGCCAAAGAGGAAAGCCAUCGACAUCUCACCAGAUAAACUCUGGCAUCAAGCCUACGAUGAUCUCAAAAUUAAAGAACCAAAGCUGUUGGAGGGCUAUGAAAUACUACUCUCAACUAAGCUGCCUUUGGAUCAAACAAACAAGGUCAAUGAGCAGAGCCAGCAGAACAAAUUAUCUCAAAUGAAUCUCCUUUUGGAGGCCGCUUUGGACAAGACAGCCAAGAUCAGCAAGAUAGAAGGAAAGUUUGGCGAGGCCAUCGAUGUUGUUCGGUCUGUUAGUAAACCAGUUGGUGCUGGCCUAAGCGCUGUUCCGGCAGCUGCAGCUGCUUGGGCUGGUAUCUGUGUUGCUAUAGAGUUUCUCGCAAACGCAGAAAAUGAGGCAAAGAAAAACCGCGAGGGCAUCACGAAGGUCAUUCUCAAGAUGAAAUGGUAUUCUAGUCUCUCAAAACUCUUCGACCAAAAGAGUUCCAUGGCAAAUGACCACUUGACCGAGCUACGUGAGCAACUGGCCGAGCGCAUUCUCGAUUUAUACAAAGAAAUUCUCCAAUACAUUAUCGAAAGUAUCUGCUCCCACUAUCGCAACCAAGGUGUAAGGUAUCUGAGAGAUUUGGUCAAAUUGGAUGACUGGGAUGGGAAACUGAGUGGUGUUGAAGAAGCUGAGGCGGGCGUAAAAGCGGCUGCUAAAGUUAUUGGGGUUCAACAAACCAGCUCAUAUCUCGAACUCCUUGUCAAUAUGCGUCGGUCUCAAGCAGAAGACGCCCUAAUGGAAAAAUGUUGGGUCUCGGAUAUGGACGCGGACAUCGAACUUCUUCAGGGACUAAAAGACAAGUUGCUUCCUGAAUCCUAUGAAUGGGCUCUCCGGACUCAGGAAUACCAAAGUUUUACCAAUUGGGACGACGGAAAUUCCAAUAAGCUCCUGUGGAUGAGAGGAGAUGCUGGAAAGGGGAAAACAAUGCUACUCAUGGGUAUUGUUGAAGAUCUCAAGGCCCGAUUGCAGACUCGCUUUGAUGAAUGUUGCCUAUCUUACUUCUUCUGUCGUGGUACCAACGACAAAGUCAACACAGCAACGUCGGUUCUGAGAGGCUUGAUAUGGAUGCUUUUGCGCCAAGAAAAAUCCCUGAUCCAUCACCUUGAUACAUUCAAAGGAAAUCAGUUAAACGCAUUCAAUGAUGGCUCGGCAUUCUUCCAAUUGAAGAAAGUCUUCCUUGAAAUUAUCCAAGACAACUCCUUGGGAAGAGUCUUCUUUGUGAUUGAUGCCCUCGAUGAAUGCAAAAGGGGGGAACCUGGUUUAGCACAACUUUUGAACCUGAUCACCGAAACGGCCAAAAACGACAAGGUGAAAUGGCUACUAUCAAGUCGGAAUGAACCUGAAAUCAAAACCUUCCUUGGCAAGGGUAUGACAAAUGUUCAACUCAGUCUGGAAGUGAAUUCAGUGGCCGUUGGGAAUGCCGUCAACGCCUAUAUUGACCGCAAGGUCUCGGAUCUUGGCGAGAAAUAUCGAACUGAUUACGAAGCGGAUUUGGCCCCUGAUUCUCAAUCACAGUACGAACUCGAAUGUGCUCAACAGCUUGAAGUAUACCUUUCUCAAGUAUUAGAUCAGUUGAAAUGCAAGCUCAAAGAAAAAGCAGACGGCACUUUCUUGUGGGUGUGGUUGGUUAUGAAGGAAUUACAAGACGUCAGCCCCGAUGAACUACUCCAGAGAAUCGAGCAAAUUCCAUCAGGCCUUGAUGAAAUGUACACUACCAUGUUGGAAAAGAUGAAUAGUUCCAAGUGCGUAGCAACGUGCAAGAAAUUGCUCUUGAUUAUGACAAGUGCAUAUCGUCCUCUCCAUUUACGCGAAUUGCGCGAAUUGGCCAACUUAACAACAUGGGCUGUUUCCCCCCCGGUUGUGAAACAAUGCGGCCUCCUCAUUUUAGGGGAUUAUGACCAGACUGUUUAUUUCGUGCAUCAAUCUGCGAAAGAUUACCUUGUUCAAGCCCAAGGACCAGAGAUGCUAUCCAGCAUUUUUCCACAUGGCCAUAUCGAGGGACAUCACAUGAUAAUGGCUCAAUCGCUUGAGUGUAUGAAGAAAUUGAAACGAGAUAUCUAUGGACUGAAACACCCUGGAUUGUCCAUCGACGAGAUCGAAGACUCUAAAAAGCAUGGAGAUGCACUUGGGCUCCCCCGGUAUUCUUGUGUCUAUUGGGCCGAUCAUCUUUCGGAUUCUGAACCCAAGUAUCAGUUCGACAGUCUACGGGAUGAUGGUCCAAUCAACAAGUUUUGGACAGAACGUCUUCUCUAUUGGAUUGAAGCUCUCAGUCUGAUGAGGAAAUACUCAGUUGCAGGUUACACUUCGAGGAAACUCAUCAAAUUGCUCUCGACUCUCUUCCCUGAAUCUCAAUUUCUACUCUUUGUCCUAGACUCUCAUCGGUUCAUCUCGUGGGCCAGAGGUGCUAUCGAAAGCUACCCUCUGCAAACAUAUGCCUCCGCACUUGUGUUCGCCCCAACGGAUAGUCUGAUACGAAAGACUUUUGAGUAUGAAGAGCCAGACUGGCUUGUAACUAGGCCUCUUGUAGACCCAAGUUGGAAUCAAUGCAUACAGACUCUUUACGGCCACUCCAAUCAGAUCAACUCAGUUGCUUGCUCUCCUGAUGGGACACUCAUAGCAUCUGGAUCAAGGGAUAGUACCAUUAGGAUCUGGGAAAAAGAAAGUGGUGACAGCCUCAAGACCCUGGUGGGUCAUAGAAUGGAAGUCCAUUCAGUCAGCUUUUCGCCGGAUGGCACACGUAUUGCAUCUGGAUCAUCGGAUGAGAAAAUCAGAAUUUGGGACGUUAAUCGUGGAGAAUGUCUGAAUAUUCUUUCUGAUCACACGAGCUCUGUCACAUCUGUUAGCUUCUCUCCCGUUGGUCUGAUUGCUUCAGCGUCAACUGAUAUGACUAUCAAGAUAUGGGAUUCUGAAAAUGGUCAAUGUCUGAAUACCAUUGAGUUUCCUUGUCGAACGAGGGCGGUGCUUUCUUUUAUCUCUAGCGACCAUGUCGCUGUUGCUAUUUCUAAGCAGAUCAGAAUUCUGGACGUAGUUAUUGGAACAUGCGUCCGGGUUCUUUCAGGCCAUACAGGUUGGGUCACCAGCAUUUCCACUACGAUUGAUGGACAUAUAAUAUCAAGCUCAGAAGAUGGUACUGUCAAAUUAUGGGGAUCAGACAACGCUUGUCUUCAAACACUUGAUCAUCAUCGCCCAGUUACAGGGGUAGCCAUGGCUUCUAAUGGGAACAUUAUAUCUGGCUCUAGGAACUUGGUCUAUAUCUGGGAUCUCAAGAGUGGAAACCCGCCUAGAAAGAUGACAGGCCAUGCUGGUCCUGUCCUGUCAGUGGCCUCGACCACUGAUGGUGAUAUUGUAUCUUGUGGGGAUGAUGAAACCGUCAGGCUUUGGGAUCCUACAGGUACCCAUUACAAUCACCGUGAUAGUAGUCCCUAUAGGGCUAUAUACUUUGUAUUUUCCCCAACUUCCGCCGUCAGAAUUGCAUCUCUACAUGAAGAUUACAGUGUGAGUAUUUGGGACCCUAAUACCGGACUCUGCCUCCAGCGAUUGGUCAACGACAACACGGCAUUUGCACACUCACUGGCAUUCUCGCCUCACGGUAUUCUUGCAUCGGGUUCAGAAGAUGGUAUGAUCAGGAUCUGGGAUCCGGAAAAUGGCAAAUGCCUCGAUAAAUUCCAAGCUCAUGGUCAGGUGGAAUCAAUUGCUUUCUCCCCCGAUGGAAACAACAUCGUGUGCGGCCUAUCCAGCGGAGAGAUCCAGAUUUUGAAUUCCAUGAAUGGCAUCUGCGUCACUAGGUUUAAAGUUCACCAAGCACCAGUCGGGUACAUUUCUGUCUCAGCUUGUGGCAUCAUUGCAUCCUGGAGUGCCGGUACCGAAGACAUCAACCUCUGCCAGACAAAUGGUGUACCAUUGAAAGCCCUUAAAGCCAUCAUCUUGCCUAUGCUUUUGCGCUUCUCUCAUGAUGGCUCAUGUUUAAUGAUGAAAGACAUAUCUGAUUGCAUUAUUUGGGACACUACAAGUUACGAAUGCCUCCUAAGAGUCAAACAAGACGAGUGUGGCAUCGAAAAAGUAUCGGAACGCCUUGGUCCCGGUUCAAGAGUUCACUAUGGUAUUACAUACAGCGGAGAAUGGAUCACCUAUGAAGGGGAGAAGGUUCUUUGGUUGCCUGUAGAGUAUCGCCCAUUUAGCCCAUGGUCAUGGGCGGUUGAGCGGGCUGAUGCAGGAAACCAUCUCGUCAUUUCCUGUCCAUCGGGCCAAGUCUUGAUAUUCAGGUUUUCGAACUCUCAGACCCCUCUCUGA